AUAAUUAGGGUCUAAAUGGUAAAUUUAUCAGCAAAGAACUUAGGUACUACUGUCGCCACCUUCUGCUUCUGCAUUCAAUGCACUCACCUGUUUCUCACAGUGAACCUCAAGUUUUCUUUCAUAUAUAGCUCAGAGAAAACCGAUAAAACAAGUCCAUUGCGUUCUCCAUUUUCAUCUUUUCACUCCUCAAAAACCCAUCUGGAGAUGGCCUCAGCCUCCAGGAUUCCAUAUCAGAGACUGAAACAUGAGGAUCUGUUUGGUGACCAUGAAGAAAGAGAGAGACUCAUAGGGAGACCAUCAUCUAGAAGUUGGCAGAGGUUGAAGAGGAUGAAUCAGAGAAAGAGAUUUAGGCUUAAGAUUCCAAGUUUGAGGAGGUUCCUGAGGAGAAAAGUGAAGCUGGUUCAUGCUGCAUAUGCUAAAGUGUUGAAGAGAUUUAAAGAAGGUCAGGCUCAUUUUGGUGAUCUUUUUGCUGGGAACUAUCUGUUCUUGCAGGUGAAUCCCAAUUCACUGAAGCGUUUUGAGAAAGCUUAUCAUAGAGAUAGUAAUGGCUUGCCACCAACCCUCCCUCUGCCAAGUAUUGCUUAAUUAAUCCUGCUCCUAUGGUUGCUUUCAUUGUUCUCCGUGUGAUAGUAGAUAAAGCCAUUUCCUUUUAGGAUACUUUUCUGCCAUUAAAGGCUUACUUGAAUAAAUGAUUUCUCAUUUCUGCAAUAGUAAGGAACUCCAUUUUCAACGA